AUGAAGCUUCUUGGGGAGGAAAAAGUCGCAUCAUCCGUCAUGAAGAAACUGCAAUCACGUCUAAAUGCGGCGGAGAUGGUUGAAGACAUGUUCUCAGGGCUGGGCACCAUCCACCUAAGAAAAAAGUAUGUUGCGGAAAAUUUUCCGCAUACUGAAGUCACCGAGGUGCCGCUUGAUGCGAGCAGUAACGACUCAGUCUGCUACAUUCCGGUGCAAAAGCUUUUGAUAAGUUUCCUACAGUCGGAAGACAUGCUGGAAUGUCUUAUGCAGCCUCUUUCGACGUCGUCAGAUGUACUUUCCGACUUUACCGAUGGUGACUUUGUUCAUCAACACCUUCAAGUUGCACAAGAUGCCAGCCAUAACACUAUAUUCCUCCUUCUGUACACCGAUGAGCUGGAAAUCACGAACCCCCUCGGCAGUGCUGCUGGACGACACAAGAUUUUAGCAGUGUAUUUUUCUAUACUCAAUCUUCACCCUCGGCACCGGUCGAAACUGAAUGCCAUCCACCUGUUGCUACUUGUGGAGUACCCGGUCGCUGUGCAUCACGGCCUGGAUAAAGUGCUGGCUCCCCUGGUGCAAGACUUGAACAUCAUUCAAGCACAUGGCAUUGAUGCCAAGAACAUGCACUUUAGUGUAGUAACAGUGGCUUUCACCGGGGACAACUUGUCUAUGCACCGCAUAGCAGGACUGCAGUGCUCCUUCAGCAAGGGCCGGAUCUCCCGAUUCUGCUUAGCUCGGCAUGAGGACCUAAAGCAACUGCAUACUGUAGAAGGCUGCAUCGAAAGGACGAGCGCAAUGCACAAGAGCCACCUCGAUGCCUUUGCGCUCGAUCCCUCAGUAAAUGGGCCCCUGUACGGCAUUUCCAAUGUGUCCCCUCUUCAAAGUUUGAACGACUUUGAGGUCACCGACCAGCUGCCACCCGACGCCAUGCACGACAUACUCGAGGGUGGUGUCGGUUGCGUCCUUCGACAAGUCCCGGGUGGCCUUAUUCAAGACAGAGUGCUCCGGAAGCAGGACCUUGAGAGAGUUACAGCUUUUGGAUAUGGGUUCCAUGAUAAGAAGUCGGCACCUGUGGCAGUCAGGGACACAUUCCUCACCGGUAAGGCAAGCCUCAGAGGAACAGCUAGUCAGAAGUGCUGCCUCUUUCGACUGCUUCCACAGUUGUAUGGAAACUCCAUCCCCGAAGGCAACCCCCACUGGAAGGUGUACCUGGCUUAUCGUCACGUUGUUGACAUCAUCCUGGCCGAAAGGAUUCCGAAGGACUGCAUUCCUUAUCUUCUAGUGAAGGUGCAGGAGUUCUUGGAGCUGUACACCAGACAGUAUCCGAAUGCAGCGGUUACGCCCAAGCUUCAUUACCUGCUGCACUAUCCAAAGUACAUCCUGAAGUUUGGGCCACCUCGCCGCUUCUGGGGCAUGCGGUUUGAGGCGAAGCACUCGUACUUCAAGAGCAUUGCCUCCAAAGUUAAGAACUUCAGAAACAUUUGCCUCACUCUUGCGACACGCCACCAGCUCCUCCAGGCCUACGAGCUUUCAGGGAACCUCCUUGACUCACCUCUCGAGACAACUGGAGCCAAGCCAGUGGAGGUGGUAGAGCUGCCAGGAGACGAACAGGCUGCCAUCGCCGAAGUGACAGCAGACGUGGUGCUCUCCACCGUGAAGUCUGCGAGUCUCCACAGUUCUCGCUAUCGCCUUGGCGAUGUGUUUGUUCAUGAGGUGGAGCACGACAUUCCCCAAUUCUUGAAGAUUGAAAAACUUCUUGUCGGUGGUUCGCUGCUAAUCCUCCUGUGCCAGCGUCUUACCACAUUGCGUUGUAGCGAGCACAGAUGUUCCUGCAUUGUGAAGGAAUGCGACGACAUCGUUGCAGUAUUGCCAGAUCAUGUGGCAAACUUUUAUCCACUUGACCUUUACCGCUGUGCGGACUUUUGCGAGGUUGUGCCCCAUUAUGCCAUUUUAGAUUAA